GAGUUAGCCCAGUUAAUUAGGCCUGUUUCCUAACAAGAAAGAGAGAAUCGGAUUCUUCUUUACAAUUCAGUUUUACAUCAUUGCAUAAUCGCGGUUGCAUCGCACUGUAACCGGCAAAUACGGAACGUAUUUCUGCAUUUUUGCUUUAUGAAAUCUGGGUUUUGAUUCUUACAUCUAUUAAAUAUGGCAGAGAAACCUCAACCGGUGAAAGUAUUAUAUUGUCCCAUAUGCUCUCUUCCAGCAGAGUACUGUGAAUUCGGUCCCGAGUUCGAAAAGUGUAAGCCUUGGUUGAUCAAGAACGCUCCUGAGCUUUACCCACUUCUCCUUAAAGAGGCUAAUGAAAAGGAGGCUGAGAAGGCUUCUGAACAACUCCAAUCAGCUGGUAUUUCCUCGUCUUCUGAUGGGGCGGCCUCUUCAGCACAACCAGGGAACGCAUUGUCGUCUAAGCAAGAAGAAGUAAAACGUCUCCCCGGUGGAAAAGUAAAGAAGAAAGAGAAACAAGAAGUUGUCAUUGAAAAGGUUGUACGUAACAGGCGUAAAUGUAUCACCAUUGUGAAAGGAUUGGAUCUAUUUGGAAUUAAGCUUAGUGAUGCUUCGAAGAAGCUUGGGAAGAAAUUUGCCACAGGAGCGUCGGUUGUUAAGGGCCCGACCGAGAAGGAGCAAAUUGAUGUUCAAGGGGAUAUAUCAUAUGAUAUUGUGGAAUAUAUUACGGAGACCUGGCCUGCUGUGCCAGAAACUGCCAUCUUCUUCAUCGAGGACGGAAAAAAGGUCUCAGCCGCCUGAUGCUAGAGAGCUUGGGGCCAGAACUCGGGACUGGGAUUUCAAAAAGCACAUCGACAAGCCAGUUCCACUUCGACUCGACAUCACCAUCUAUCCAUCCAUUUGGAUAAUUUUCAUGUGAAUGAUGGUAUUACAGAAAGAAAAGAGUAGAUAGAGAAAUUUCAUAGCACUUGAUGGAUACUAUGACACGUUUUUUUUUGGGUGUAUAAGACACAUAUAAGCUUUUAUGGUGAAUAUGAAUUGGGUUU